AUGCCCCGUGUCUCGGCACUGCGGCGCCUCGCUGCACCACUGUCAGGCGCACUUCACCAGGGCGGCGCGGGCGCCAGCAGCACCUGCAGCGCUGCUCCCUCCACGGCGCGCCUGAUGAGCGUCCUUGCGCAGGCCAAGCAGCAGCAGCAGCACCAGCACCCAUGGGCCACAGCAUCGCCCUGCACUUGCACCCAGUGCACCGCAGCCACCUCGGCACCCCACUGCACAGGCUGCGGCUGCGGGCGCUGCGGGCCCCCCAUCGUCGUGCGGCGGGCCGCAGUGCUGACGGGCGCCGUGCACUCACAGCGCCGCGCGUACCGCUGCUGCCCCGGCCUGGACGGCGCCCCGCCAGACCGGGUGGUGAUUGAGUACGACCCUGAUGAUGUGGACAUGUACAUUCAGAUUGCCGAUGCCAUAGAGGAGGCCUUCCCCAAUGUGGUGGUGGACGGCAAUGUGGACCAGGAGGGGCGCAAGGGGUCCUUUGAGAUCACGGGGGCCACCGGCAACCUGCUCUUCAGCCGCCUCGGCGCCGGCGGCGCCGCGCCGCAGGCGGCGGCGGUGGUGGCGGCUGUGGGGGCGGAUGGCGCGGAUGGGGCGGGGGCGGCGGAGUGCAGCGUGACGGCCGGCCGCGCCCAGCCAUGA